GGGAAGAGGUGAUGUCAGCGCGCCUGCGCGGCCCGAUGUACGCUGGGAAGCGUAGUCCGCUCCGGAGGGGCGCCGCGGCGGAGCUAUGCGCGCAGGAACUACAGGCCCCGGGAAGGAGCGGGGCGGCGCGGCGCGGCGUCAACAAAGGGCGGCUGCGGAGGAUGCUGAGGCAGUUGCCAUGCCGACGUGCGAAGUGCCGACGCCGGAACCAAGGAUGACUUCUGAGGAGAAAAUGCUACCACGACCCACAGCAAAGAAUGCAGCUUCUUUCCAGUGGCUUCCCUGUGCAGACCCUGGCAAUCCUGUCUUUUCUUGUAUGCUGGAUUCAAAAAUUCUCACCACUAGCAAUUUCUUAACUAAACCUCAGCCAUUGCUCUACAAAACAACCUCAAAUGAGUAUGGUGCUAUACCACCUACUUCACAAAUGGUACCCUGUAAAUUCUUUCCAAAGGACAACUCCUUUACAAAUCAUUUGUUCAAAUGUGGGUUGACACAGUUUAACUGUAUUAACACUGGUGUUGACAAAAGCAAAGUUUACGAUUACCCAGAUCUUGCUAAUACUAUAUAAAAUGUUCUUGGUUACCUCUUAAAAUAAUAAAGCAUUUAAGAGGUCCCAGUUUGGCUUUUCUGUUUAACGGUGUAAUAGCAUGACAUUAUAGUUGUAGUAAUAUACAUUACUCAGCAUUCCUUCUUGAGUAUUUCAGGAAAUAAAGAUAUGAAAGCUUUUAUACAAUCUAAUUAUAAGGCUUACUUUUCACUGAUGUCAUAACUGAACCCUUUUACAAUAAAACGCUUUCUCUAGAUGUGGGCACACAUCACACACACACAACUUACAAUCCAAACAAG